AUGGCCGAUGCAGCUAUUAGCACUACUAUUCAGGUUGCAUUGGAGACGGUUAUUUCCCUUGCCGCUGAUCGUGUUAGUUUGGUUCUUGGAUUCGGAGAGGAGUUGGAGAGACUACGCCACACUGCAGAAACCAUCCGAGGUAUCCUGGCUGAUGCGGACGGGAAAAUGCAUAUCCCCGGGGUGAAAAAUUGGCUCGAGCAGCUUGAAGGAGAGCUUUUUAAAGCGGAGGAUGUGCUGGACGAGCUCAACUAUGAAAAUCUUCGUCGGGAGGUGAAGUAUAGAAAUCAAGUCAAGAAAAAGGUGUGCUUCUUCUUCUCGUACUUUAAUACAAUUGGUUCUCGUUCAAGGUUGGCUUCAAAGAUCAGGGACAUCAACAUGAACCUAGACAGUAUGAAUCGGAAAGCAAAUGACUUGGGACUGGUCUUCCGGUUCCAAAUGGAAGCCGCACACCCUGCUCCUGCUGGUGCCACAACAAGCAGGCAAACCGACUCUAUUCUCGUUCCAAAUGUUGUCAGAAGAGUCAACGAUGAAUCAAAGAUUGUGGACAUGUUAUUGAGCCCAUCUGAAAAGGUUCUUUCUGUUAUUCCCAUAACAGGCUCGGGAGGUUUGGGAAAGACAACUCUGGCGAAAUCAGUCUACAAUAAUCCAAAAAUAGAUGGGCACUUCGGCCAAAAAAUUUGGGUUUGUGUGGCUAAAGAACAAAUUAAGGUAAUGGAGCUGUUCAAGCUCAUUUUAGUACAAUUGACAGGAGAAGAAGUUAAAGUGGAUGACAGGGAUGUUAUCGUUAAAAAAAUUGGAGCAAAGCUUAGGGGACAAAGAUAUUUCCUUGUUCUUGAUGAUGUGUGGGAUCAUGAACAAGGAUUGUGGAAUGAUUAUUUCAACACUUUGAUGGGACUCAAUGAAACCAAGGGAAGCUGGUGUCUUGUCACCACUCGUCUAGUACCGGUGGCAAAUGCUGUGUCUAGACCUCUGAAGAUGAAUGAUGGUCCUUAUUUCUUAGGAAAGCUAACAAACAAUGAGUGCUGGUCUAUCCUGAAAGAAAUGGUAAUUGCAGGGGAAGAAGCACCAACAGAAUUGGAAGCAAUAAAGAAUCAGAUUUUAAGAAAAUGUGAUGGCUUACCAUUGGCAGCAAAGUUAAUUGGAGGUUUGUUGGUUAACAAGGAGAAAGAGGAGUGGAAAUCUAUCGUGAAGGAGAGUCAAACUGAUGAAGAUCAAGAUGAGAUUGAGCAAAUACUAAAGGUGAGUUUUGAUCAUUUGUCACCUGCAUCAGUUAAGAAAUGCUUUGCAUAUUGCUCGAUUUUUCCCCAGGACACUAAAUUGGGAGAAGAAGAACUAAUUCAGCUUUGGAUGGCGGAAGGUUUUGUUCAACCAGAUCGCCAAAACCAAACACUGAUGGAGGAAAUAGGGGGUAAUUAUUUGAGGAUUUUGUUACAAAAUUCCUUAUUGGAAAAAGUAGAAGAGUUGUGGAGAACAUAUUAUAAAAUGCAUGAUCUCGUGCAUGAUUUUGCAAAAUCAGUUCUCAAUCCUAAAAGCAGCAGCCAGGAUCGCUACCUUCCAUUAAACUCAUAUAAAGAAAUGGCAGAAAAUGUCAGAAGGAAUAAAGCAGCAUCAAUCCGCUCGUUAUUUCUGCAUCUAGAGGAUGGCAUGUCUGCUGACAUGAACAUGUUAUCAAGAUUCAAGCACUUGCAUGUUCUCAAAUUGUCUGGAUAUGCUGUCAAGUUUCUGCCGAGCUCCAUUGGCAAACUACUAAGUUUGCGGUUGCUAGACAUUGCAUCUUCUAGAAUCACAAGCUUGCCGGAAUCUCUUUGCAAGCUAUAUAAUUUGCAGACACUAACUAUGAGAGAUGGCUAUGAACUUGAAGGAGGUUUUCCAAAACAGAUGAGCGAUUUGAUUAGCUUGCGGCAUCUAAACUACUACCAUGGUGAUGCAGAAUUUAAAAUGCCGGUGCAGAUGGGACGAUUGACUCGUCUUCAAACUCUGAAGUUCUUUAAUGUAAGUCAAGAGAAGGGUUGUGGUAUCAAAGAGCUUGGGACCUUGAAAUAUCUGAAAGGGUCGUUGAGGAUAAGAAAUCUUGGACUAGUGAAGGGCAAAGAAGCAGCAAAGCAAGCAAAAUUGGUCGAAAAGCCAAAUCUGUCUCACUUACGGUUGGACUUUGAAUGGAGGAGUAGGGAUCUGGAAAGCGAUAACUGUGAUGAGGAUGUGUUGGAAGGUCUCCAACCUCACCCAAAUUUGCAAGAGUUGCGAAUUCAAGGUUUUAUGGGUAAUAAAUUUCCGCAAUGGCUUAUCAAUUUGCCAAAAUUGGUGGAGUUGUGGAUAGAAGAUUGCCAGAGAUGUAGUGAACUCCCCGCAUUAGGACAACUGCCGUCCCUCAAACGUCUCUAUUUGACAGGAUUGAACAACAUUCGAUCUGUUGGAGAUGAAUUCUACGGUAUUACUGCUAAUGAGGAGGAGGAGGAGGAGGAGGAGGGCAGAUCACGAGCAUCAUCAGGGAGCAGCACUAGAAGACGAAAAUUCUUUCCUGCCCUUGAAAGCCUCUGGGUAAUAGUUAUGGGGAAUUUGGUAGAGUGGAAAGGUGUAGACCAGGUGAGGUCAACAGUAGGUGAAGCAGAAGCAGAUGUCUUUCCCAUGCUGAUGGAUUUUCACAUUCGAGGUUGCCCACAACUGACCACUCUUCCAUGCUCGUGCAAAAGUCUAGACGUGGAGAAUUGCGAUAAUCUAACAAGUAUAAAAAUGGGUUACGGCACUGCUUCUGUUGAGGAGUUGAGGAUCCGCUCUUGCGACAAUCUUAGGGAGCUGCCAGAUCUGGAUCUGUUUGGAUCGAGUUUGCAGCGAUUGACCAUCAGAACGUGCCCAAGAUUAAUUAAUCUAGGAGUAAAUGGACAGAAAUGCCCCCUACCAUGCCUUGAGAAAUUGAGUAUUUAUAAUUGCAAAUGGUUGACCACUAUAUCCGACAAAAUGUUCGAGUCAUGCCGGUCUCUGCGGUCCCUGGAGGUGAUGAGGUGCCCCAAUCUGGUAUCAUUUUCGCUUAAUUUGCAGGAGACGCCUUCUCUCGAGAAAUUCGUCCUACUCGACUGUCCCAAAUUGAUUCCUCAUAGUUUCAAAGGAUUUGCUUUUGCCAUCAGCUUAAGAACAUUGACCAUCAACAGUCCCUUCUCCUCGUAUGACUCCUCAGUCGAUGGUUUUGAUUGGUCUGGUUUAAGAUCUGCAUCAACACUCCCGGCUUCAAUACUUGACUACCCUCACUUCAGUAACUCUGGCAGACUUUGA